AUCACACCUCUGUAGUAACAGUCAAGCUAGUUAGCUGAACGAUAGUAGCCACUUAGCUAGCAAAGUUAACUAGCUAGCGUUUGCAGAUAGAUACCUUGCGAUAAGGUAACAGGGGGAUUUGCGCGAUUUUUUUCUCCGAUUUACACUGCUUGUUCGGCCACAUUUUACGAAAAUGCUACGGUGACCGAAUCGAUGAAAAACAAAGCAAAACCUCGUCAACGUUAAUUCUAACAUCCUCCGAAAUUACAGAUCACACACCGGUGGAGCUGGGGAGAAUGGUGGUUCCGGACAGUGGAAAUGUGGUCCAGACAGCCGACAAUGGCGGUAGUACCAGCGGACACAUGGCUAGCGCGCAGCCCGGCUUUGAAACCGAACAGGACCUUGCAGGGGUGGAGCUAGAAGAGGUCCGCAAGUUGCAGGAGCUAGUGCGGAGACUGGAAGUUCAGAACCAGACCCUGCGCAACAGGGGCACCAAACUUAUCAACAGCAACCUUACUUCGACUGGUACUGACAUAAAUAACCAAAGGACACUUGGCGAGGGAGUUACAAACUCUUCCGUUACGACGGAGGACGGAGGUGAGGUUAGCGCCCGAGACUUUGAACUGUCCCCCCCGCCGGACAGUAGUAGCAACAGCAUCGAGGACAUGUCCCCGCUGCCCGAAGCCUCAAGGCUAGAGGACGAAGACGAUGAAGAGAACCCGGAGUCCGCCGGCUUUCAUCUCACUUGCGCUGGCGGCAACACAGAGGAGCAGCCCCUAGGACAGCCACAGUCAAGUCCCUCUCUGGAAAGCUGCGAGUCGGAGACGCUGGGUGGGAGCGAUGCGGUCAUGGACCACUCUGCCCUGGACGAUGUGGAUGUGCUUGAUCUGGGGGACUGUGUCGAGGCAGAGGACGAGGACAGCUGGCUCUAUGUGUCCCCUAAGAAGCAGGCGGCCGAGCAGGGCCCCCAGUCUCCUCUGAAGUGGUGUCGGCAGGUCCUGGACCAUCCCAGCCCAGAGACCGAGGUGGCCUGCAAAACCCUCAUCAACCGCUUGGACCAAUCGGCGUCUCGAUGGAGGAACGUGUACUCCAGCCCCUCCCAGUGCUCGGUGGGCUCCACAGCAGAGGCCUCGCUCUCCCCUGGGUACCACAAAUCCACUAACAAACCGCUACUAACCUGUGGCAGCUCAGGUUACAUGAGUAUGCACUCGGCGUUGAGCUCCCAGUCGUCUAUAGACAGCGAGCUGAGCACCUCCGAUGACUCCAUCUCCAUGGGCUACAAGCUGCAGGACCUCACUGAUGUCCAGAUCAUGGCCCGUCUGCAGGAGGAGAGCCUGCGUCAGGACUACGCGUCCAGCUCGGCCACCGCAUCCCGCCGCAGUUCCUCGGCCUCGCUGCAGUCCCUGCGUCGUGGAGGAGGAGGAGGAGGAGGCGCUUACAGCGACCAGGAGCUGGACUCCUACAGCCUGGAGGAUGAGGAGGACGCCAUGGGCUACUGCCCCCCGAGCCUGGGUCAGCGGCGGCCCAGAUGCUCGCCCUCGCCGCUGGGAUCGCCCCGCUGCCAGUCGCCCAGCAGCCCUCACGACUACGGACGCGUGGGCGGUCAGCCGCGCACACACACCCCACGGCGCUCCCUCCAGGGGCCCAGCGCUGAGCUCCUCAAAUACGCCCGCAGUGAAGAGGAGUUGAGACACAGCAUGCCUAACCUGGUGCCGCGUACCAGCCUGCGCUCUUUAGAGGCGGUCAGAAACAGCCGCAGCAUGGAGGCUAACCUGCAGAGCUCCGGCAACCGCAUGUCGCGCCUGCCCCUGUCCCCCACCUCAGGCGUGCCCUCCUCCACGCGACUCCGGAGCACCGGCCACUCCCCGCUCUCCCUGCGUGCUCCAGUGAAGGCCCUGGGCCCCAUGGGCUCUGCUGGGCAGGCGAGGCAGCCCGCACGCGGGGCCCCUGGGGCUGCGGCCGGCCCUUCCGCCGGGGCACGCAGGGUCCAGUCCCCGGGGCCUGCUAACGGAGGAGGAGGAGGAGGAGGAGGAGGAGGAGCGUACCCAGCUGGCCGGACCAGCCUGGGGGCGAAGCAGAUGCCCGGGAGGGGGAUGGCGGGAGCCGCGCCGCCCGCUAGAGGUCGUCUGUCACAAACGCCCAGGAGGUCUUUUGGGAUGACUAAAAUCGCAGAUGAGUCGUGGAAAGACGGCUGCUACUGAAGCCUUCAUCUCUCUCUCUCUCACACACACACACACACACACACACACACACACACACACACACACACACACACAGUGACUGGCGUCUGCCUCAUUCUGCUCCCCCAGAGCAACCUGCACCAGCCUACUGCUUCCCUGCCCCUUCCCCUCCCCCCCCCCCUUCCCCCUAUACACACACACACACACACACACACACACACACUGCACUGGCAACAUGACACUUCAGGAAAUGGACACGCACGUGGCAUGUCUGUUUGCACUCUCACAAUCGCCACACUACGAGGACAAAAUGAAGGAAAACGAGAGACCGAAAGAGAUGCAGUGCGGCUCAGAGACCUCACUGGAAUCAGUUUAAAGACUAACAGAAGUCGUAAACAUUUUUGUUUUCUCUUCCCACUUUAUUUUUUCUGGAAUCAGCCUAGUCUAUUUUUGAUGAGACACGAAGAAGAGACCUGCUGGAAAAAAAGAAGAGCUGUGAUGUACUGUAUUUUGUCCUGGACGUUAGAGCCUAGAGAGAAACGUGUGUUUGUUUACUAUUUGAACUUGGUAGUUCUCCCAGCAUUCUUCCCUUGGUGUGGAAUGACACUGUUAGACUACCAUACCCUGAGUAACUUUCAACUGGAUGUUGCAUGUGUAUUUUUAUUCCAUGGAUGAGACUAUUUAUGUACAGUAUGAUACAUUCUUUGGAGGCAAGCUCCAGACUAUGUGAGAUGGGUUGUGUUUUGUUGAAGUAGUUAUUGAUUCCUUGCAUUCUGCCAAGAGUGAUGAUGAUGAUGAUAAUAAUAAUAAUAAUAACUGACUUUUAUGUGUUUUCUUGGGCACAUCAACGCAAUAUUUGUAGGGAAUUUAACAGCCCUUUUAAAAAUAUCUUGGAUGGGGGGAAAAAAGGUUUUAUGUUGUCGGUGUCAUCAUUGUGCCAAGGUGAAUUAUUGCAGCAAAUAUUGUUCCCUGAUUUUUUUUUUUAAUUAUUUGUUUUCAAUCAGACAUCUUGUAUGUUAAAUGUUGUGUGUACCGCUGUCCUGCGUUCUUUCUCCCGGUGAGUAAGUCUUAAGUUCGGACACUUGGUUAUGGAUACCUCACUUCAUCCAUUGACAAAACUGUAUGCAAAAAGCCAGGUGCUUAUGACAGAACUGGGUAUGCAACCUUUUACAUAGUGCCUCAGAAGAUCUGUAGCUGUAACUGAAAAAAAAUAAAAUAAAUCUACCCAGAAAAAGA